AAGCGAGACACCGCCAAGAUCAGAUUGAGAGACGCACUGUUGUAGCAAACCUAGCGGAGAGUGGAUAGAAAAGGCUAACAGCAGUUUGCUAACUGAAGUGCCCCGGGAUUUAGACCUCCUCUUCCUCCAUACUCUAAUGCCAACAACAACAGCCGUCGAAGAAGCAGGAGAGUGCACUCGGGCCUGAAUAGUGACAAAUAGAAGAAAUUUUUAGUUUUAGCUUCAAGCUCAACUUCCCCGGUCCUUUGGGAUCAUGGCUAAAGAUGCUGGUCUUAUUGAAACAAAUGGAGAGCUAAAGGUUUUCAUUGAUCAGAAUAUGAGCCCAGCCAAAGGUGUCCUGUCUUUGGUUACUGUUCAGCCUACAGCUGCCCCUGUGGCCAAACAAUUACUACCCAAAACUCUUGGGCCAUCCAAUGUGAAUGUUGCCGCACACAUGCAACAUGUUCCACACAUGGUGAUUGGAACACCCCAGAGGCCUACUGUAUCCAAUACUAUAUUGGUUAACAGUCCUCAUACGCCCAGUUCCCAGUUCCUUACCCAGAGCCAACCACCCGAUGCCUCUCCCUGGUCGUCUGGAAAAAGGGGUAAGAAAGGAGAGAAGAACGGGAAGGGCUUGAGGCAUUUCUCAAUGAAAGUUUGUGAGAAAGUGCAGAAGAAAGGAGUUACCACCUACAAUGAAGUGGCAGAUGAACUGGUUGCAGAAUUCAGUUCUACAGACAACCACAUGUCACCCAAUGACUCGCAUGUGUACGACCAGAAAAACAUUCGGCGACGUGUGUAUGAUGCACUUAAUGUGCUCAUGGCCAUGAACAUUAUCUCUAAAGAGAAGAAAGAAAUCAAGUGGAUUGGCCUGCCCACCAACUCUGCGCAGGAGUGCCAAAACCUUGAGGUGGAGAGACAAAGACGGCUGGAGAGGAUUAAGCAAAAACAGUCACAGCUUCAGGAGCUCAUACUGCAGCAAAUAGCUUUUAAGAACCUGGUGCAGCGGAACAGACAGACAGAGCAGCAGGCAAACAGACCUCCUCCCCCCAACUCCAUCAUCCACCUCCCCUUCAUUAUUGUCAACACCAGCAAGAAAACCGUCAUCGACUGCAGCAUCUCCAAUGACAAGUUCGAGUAUUUGUUUAACUUUGACAGCAUGUUUGAGAUCCAUGAUGACAUCGAGGUGCUGAAACGUAUGGGCAUGGCCUGUGGUUUGGAGGUGGGGAAAUGUUCUCCAGAGGACCUGAAGGUUGCACGUAGCCUGGUGCCCAAAGCCCUGGAGCCUUACGUUAUAGAGAUGGCCAAGGGUCCCAUUAGUAACGUCUACAUCUCUGGUGGAUCCUCUGCUAACGGAGCCCGUUAUCCUGCGAGCAGUGAUGGUUGUACCGAUGGCACCAUGGCCUCCAGCUCUAAUGACUCUCACUACAGCGGGUCUCGUGUGGAGACCCCAGUGUCUUACAUGGGGGAUGAUGACGAUGAGGACGAGUAUGAUGAGAAUGAUGAUGAAGACUAACCUGUCUACACCUGGCCACUCCAACAAGCACAGUCCUUCAAACCACCUUCACCGUGGGAAUUUAGUCCCCUCUUGUGUGUGCUUCUUCAGCCUUUUCUCCCCGUUUCCCAUGCCUGUAUUUCAGUCUGGUUUUCUCAGGGGUGUAGAUGAAUACUGCAAGAACAGAGGUGUGUGUUGCACCCAUUUUUUCUGUUCCUGAAUCACGUGCACCUGCACCACUGCUCUUGGGGAGGUGUUGUCCAAGGGAACUGUAGUCUGUGGCCUAGCCACUGUGCUGAAGUCUUUGUAUGUCUAAUCCACUUCUUGAUAAGCCAUCCCACUAAAAACACUUCUGUAAAACCUACUGCUGUUGGAGAAUGUAUUAUGUACUUGUUGGAAUAGUUAUUCCUCUUUUGUUUUUUGGUUUAUUGUUUUUUUUCUUUGCAAUUACAUAUGGCAGACAUGAUCAAAUGUUCCAGGAUGGCCAAAGUGUGUCUGUUUUAACAUGCGGCGUUAGUGCAGCACCAUGGAUUCUGAAUGGCCUCAUACUGUUGCCAUGGCAUCCCAGAAUGGGGCUCCAUCAAAUGUGUUGAUACUUUUUGUUUGUGUUCUGGGCAAUAAUUUGAACUAGUUUCUUAACCAUGAUUGUGUUGGGCUGGCUUCCUUCUGUUCUGUAGGCAGCUGCUUUCCUGAUGUUGUUUGCUAGUUUUGUUUUUUUUUUUUUUUUUGUAUUCUGAAGUUGAAAAAUUCUCCAUUGCCCUGGAAUGCCUUGGUAGUGUUUACAAAAUAAUGGCACCAGCAAGGUAAAGACUCAUAACCCAGGCUCCUGAUAGGUAAAUAAGCUUUGUUUGUUAAUAAGUAUAUGAAUCCUAUGACGAUUGUAGCUUAUAGUAUCCUUUUAGAGGCCAGUGGUAAAGAUAGACCUUCAAAAAUUAUUGAUGUAACAAAUGUGUGGUUGUAUAGGUCUUUAUGUACUCCCUUCAAAGAUCUCCCUUUUAAAACUGAGCAACACAUGUACUGACUCUUCCAAAUACCUUUUCUGUAAUCUAAUAUAAGUUUGCAAAUUAAAUAUAGAUUGUUUUAAUAAGUUUGUA